GUGGCAGCGACUCCAUGUUGAGCUGCUACGUCAUCAGCUCGCGAGCUCGCUGUCACUGACGAGUCUCCGAGGAGACGCUAUAUCAACGCUCCAGAUUCCAGAGGUUGUGAUGGCGACCUUCCAGGAAUUCAUCCAGCAGAACGAGGACCGCGAUGGCGUCCGUUUCAGUUGGAACGUCUGGCCGUCCAGUCGUCUGGAAGCCACACGUAUGGUGGUUCCUGUGGCCUCUCUGUUCACCCCGCUGAAGGAGCGGCCGGAUCUUCCCCCGAUUCAGUACGAGCCGGUGCUGUGCAGCCGGGCCACAUGUCGAGCUGUGCUCAAUCCUCUGUGUCAGGUGGAUUACAGAGCAAAACUCUGGGCUUGCAACUUCUGUUAUCAGAGAAACCAGUUCCCGCCAACUUACGCUGGAAUAUCUGAGGUCAACCAACCUGCUGAGCUUCUUCCACAGUUCUCCACUAUUGAAUAUGUUGUCCAGCGUGGUCCGCAGAUGCCUCUGAGCUUCCUGUAUGUGGUGGACACAUGCAUGGAAGAUGAUGAUCUGCAGGCGCUAAAGGAGUCACUUCAGAUGUCCCUCAGCCUGCUGCCUCCUACUGCUCUGGUGGGCCUCAUUACAUUUGGACGCAUGGUCCAGGUUCACGAGCUGGGUUGUGAGGGCAUCUCUAAGAGUUAUGUCUUCAGGGGCACCAAAGACCUCAGUGCUAAACAGCUUCAGGAGAUGCUUGGGUUAACUAAACCAGCUGCAGCACAGGCCGGCCGAGGGCCACAACAGCCCCAGGUUCCUCCUUCAAACAGGUUUCUGCAGCCAGUACAGAAGAUAGAUAUGAAUCUGACAGAUUUGCUGGGAGAGCUGCAGAGAGACCCCUGGCCCGUCACUCAAGGAAAACGACCUCUGAGAUCACUCGGAGUGGCUCUUUCCAUUGCUGUUGGGCUGUUAGAGUGCACUUUCCCUAACACUGGCGCUCGCAUCAUGGCUUUCAUCGGUGGGCCGGCCACUCAGGGUCCGGGUAUGGUGGUAGGAGAUGAACUGAAAACGCCUAUUAGAUCCUGGCACGACAUUGAAAAAGACAAUGCCAAGUACAUGAAGAAAGCCACUAAACACUAUGAAGCCUUGGCCAACCGUGCUGCCGCCAAUGGACACAUUAUUGAUAUUUAUGCAUGCGCUCUGGAUCAGACAGGAUUACUGGAAAUGAAGUGCUGCACCAACUAUACAGAGGGUUAUAUGGUCAUGGCAGACUCUUUCAACACAUCCCUGUUCAAGCAAACUUUCCAGAGGGUUUUCACAAAGGACGAGCAGGGUUCCUUUAAGAUGGUUUUUGCAGGGACUCUUGAGAUUAAGACUUCAAGAGAGAUAAAGAUUUCUGGAGCAAUCGGCCCAUGUGUCUCCCUGAACGCCAAAGGUCCCUGUGUGUCAGAAAAUGAAAUAGGAACUGGUGGCACAAGUCAGUGGAAGAUUUGUGGACUGGAUCCAAACACCACGCUUGCAUUCUACUUUGAGGUCGUGAAUCAGCACAACGCUCCUAUCCCACAGGGUGGACGUGGAGCCAUACAGUACGUUACGCAAUAUCAGCAUUCUAGUGGGCAGAGGCGCAUCAGAGUGACCACAAUUGCAAGGAACUGGGCUGAUGCGCAGACUCAGAUCCAGAGCAUCGCUGCAUCUUUUGACCAGGAGGCCGCUGCCAUCCUCAUGGCCCGCCUGGCCAUCUAUAAGGCUGAGACAGAGGAAGGCCCUGAUGUUCUGCGCUGGUUGGACCGACAGCUCAUCCGCUUGUGCCAGAAAUUUGGAGAUUAUCAUAAAGACGAUCCAAACUCAUUCCGGUUCUCCGAGACGUUCUCAUUGUAUCCCCAGUUUAUGUUCCAUCUGAGGAGGUCUCCAUUCCUGCAAGUGUUCAACAAUAGUCCUGAUGAAAGCACCUAUUACAGGCACCAGUUCAUGAGGCAGGACCUGACCCAGUCUCUGAUAAUGGUGCAGCCCAUCCUGUAUGCAUAUUCAUUCAAUGGACCACCAGAGCCUGUGUUGCUGGACAGCAGCAGUAUCUUGCCUGACCGCAUCCUCCUCAUGGACACCUUCUUCCAGAUUGUGAUUUACCACGGAGAGACGGUGUCUCAGUGGCGUAAAGCCGGGUACCAGGACAUGCCGGAGUAUGAGAACUUCCGCCAUCUGCUUCAGGCUCCUGUGGACGAUGCCCAAGAGCUUCUGCAAACUCGUUUCCCCAUGCCACGCUACAUCGACACAGAGCACGGCGGCAGUCAGGCUCGUUUCCUCCUCUCCAAAGUGAAUCCUUCUCAGACUCACAACAACAUGUAUGCAUGGGGUCAGGAGUCUGGCGCACCCAUUCUGACAGACGAUGUGAGUCUUCAGGUGUUUAUGGAUCAUCUGAAAAAGCUGGCAGUGUCCAGUGCUGCCUGAGAGCCUCAGUCUGUUUCUCAGUUACACACAGCCAGCAGGGUCACAUUGGCACUGCCCUAAGUUUUCCCCAUUUAUAUCAUGCAUACAUUGAGCCUAGAUCUUGGAAAAGAGAGAUCGAGUCAAUCGCGAAAGGAAACGUCAUUCUUUAAUGAUUAUGACAAAAAAGUUAACACUACAUGUUGAGUAUACAUCAGGACAAUAUAUUUGUUACUUUUUAAAUCAGAUUGAAUUUAAUUUGCUAUUUGAGUGAAUAAGAAACAUAAUUAAAAAAAUAGUUUACACACAAAUAGUAAUUCAUUCAUUAUUUACUCCCCCUCGAUGCUAUUCUAAACCCAUAAGCCUUUUUUGGUACCUGGAAACAAACUUAAAAUUUUUUUUUUAAGAAUUAUUAUGUAGACAAAAGUAGUCCAUUUGCUUUAUUUCCUAAUCUUCUGAAGCCAUACAUUAGCUUUCAGUCAUUUAAGUUUUUAUAGUCAUUAUUCAGUCAUUUAGCCCACAUUUAUCUCCAAAAUUAAAAAUUCUGUUGUUGAACCAACGCCAAUGCAAUUGCUUCUGCACACCAUUUUUGAAUGUACAAAACAAAUUUAUUGUACAAAGCUAUUGUAUGGUUUCAGAAAACCUGGCAUGUAUUGCAAAUGUCAUAUUGAUUACUUUUAUUAUGCUUUUUCUUUAUAUGGCAAAAACCACAAUUAUUCUUCAAAAAGCUAUUACUUUGUGUUUUACGAAACAGAAAUGCCAGCAUAUGAGUUUGAAACAACAUGAGGACGAGUAAAUAAUGACUGAACAUGAAUUUUUUUGCCUGAAAUGUUGCUUCAAAAUCUGAUGUUUAGGUGUAUGAAGCUCUGUGAGACUUAUGUUGAACGGAGGAAGGAAACUAGCUGGUUUUAGCACACCUGUAGUAGAUACUUUUGUUUGCCUAGUCGAGGAAGGUGAAAGCAGUGCUGAUGUAGCCAAUUAAGCUUGAGAGCUCGAAUGCGCCUCUAGCCAACAGCGCAGAACAAUUGCUUAUUUUUAGACCCUGUGCGCGUCUCUCGUCUCAGUGCUGUUGAUGGUUUGUGUUUCAGCGCAGGGUUGGAUGCCCCAUUCCAAACACAGACUUGCAGAAUUUAUAAGUUGCCUUUCUGUCUGUAGCUCUGAUAUUUAUGAGCCAUUUCUAGCAGUAUUGUAUGUUUUGUUUCUAAUAAAACUGGCUUCAUGAUCCCA